UGCAGCCUCAGUUAGCCUGCUCUACUUUCUGUUUUCUGUUUUCUUUGUUAAACUGUAAUGCGUAUUUAUAAAGUCAUUUCAUCCUGUCGUUAACAGGCGAGCUGCUGUUUCUGACACUAUCACCGUUCAGCUAAAAGCGUUUGUCCACAGCUGCUUCCCAUCAUGUCUCACAACUACCCGUACAGACGCCCGCCGCCGGACACCGAUCAUCGACAGAAUCUUGGAACUUACAGCUCCUCAGACCGCCAUCAUCACGCCGCAUCAACUCACCACGACUUUUACAGAGCUCAUCAGGAGCCACCGCCUCGUCAGUCAUCCUUCUCCUCGUCCUACACAUCCUCUUCUUCCUCCUCCAGAGGCUUGGCGGCGGCACAGUUGCCCCCGUCUCAGGUCUCGCCGGACGGCGCUUUGAGCAUCCUGAGCAGCUGUGGUCUGGAGCCCAGCGACCUGGCUCUGCUGGCCGAGCUGCCCGAAGACGUCCUCACCGUGGAGUCGCUGCCUCACCUGCUUCAACAGAUCAAAGGCAAGAAAGGGACGGUCAAACCUUUCCCCCCCAAUGCUCCUUCCUCCUCCUCCUCUUCCUCUUCCUCCUCUUAUCCUGCCAGCGCUGUACGGUGUCCUGCAGGCGAGUGGGAACAUCUCCGCAAUCAGCCGGUCCAGUACCCGUUGGACCAGCUCCCCUCCAAUCCUCUUCCCUCUGAGCAGGUUCAGGACCGCUGGGGGACGCGGAACAGCAGCUCUGUCUCCUACACACCUUCCUCCAGGUCUGACCCACCACCACCACUACCAUCAUCAUCAUCAUCAUCAUCUUCCUCCAGCUACUUGGUGGACUACAGCCACAGAGCGGGCUCCUCUAAUUAUGGUAAGACGGUAAGAGACGCCGGUCAUGCCUCCUCUCAGGAUCGACACUUUUUCAGUUCGCCGGCGGCAGGAAGAGGCAGAAGAAGCCGUCCGUCCCGUUUCUCUCAGCCAGCUGAUUACAGGUCAGCUCCUCCACAACCUGAGGAGUACCAUCAGAGACCUCGGGCAGGACGCCGUGAGUUUGAAGCCUCUUCCAGCAGGAGCAGCAGCAACAGCCGGGUCUCUGCCACCAACACCCCGGUCCCCCCCGCCCCCGCCGCUGCCACCAUGCCUUCAAAGAAAGAAGCUCUGGACUUCCACGGGACGACGCCAACAGUGUACCCGUACUCAUGCUCUCUGUGUGAUAUCACUGUGCUGUCAGAUAAGGUCUGGAUUAAACACAUCAACGGCACUCAGCAUGCAGACGGACAGCUCAGCCUGCUGCAGCAUUUUCCUAACUGGGACUGUCGCCUGGACAGCAGGGACAACCAAUCGCAGAAGAGGAAGGAUGAAGGAAAACCCGCCCAGCUGGAUCAGGUCAGAUCAGAUCUGGCCAAUCAGAGCACCAAGCCUCAGCCCAAUAAAAAGUCCCAAAAGAAGGCGUCAGAGAAAGGCAAAGUGGUGUGUGUGAAGUUUCCUCCUCAGUCUGUGGAUGAGACGUAUUUGAGGAAACUGAGCGAUCCGUUCGGGAAGAUCGUAAAGAUCCUCAUGUUUCCAUCUUUGGCGUUUGUGGAGCUGGGCUCCGUGGACCAGGCGAAGGAUCUGGUGAAGUUUCACAACAACUAUCCUCCGACUGUGAACGGAGAGCAGAUGGAGUUCAGCAUCUCCAACACCUUCAACUUCCUGCAGAGCUCUCGGGUGGUGAGUUUCACCCCGAAUCCGACGGGAGAGGACGGCCAAUCAGAUCUCAUCAGCAUCGUCAAACGCUUCGGCCCGCCGCUCUACACUCUGUUCCUGCCGUCUAUGGCGUUUGUUGAGAUGAAAAUUGCCACUGACGCUGAGAAGCUGGUCGAAUAUUAUUCUUCCAACACUCUGAGGAUCAACAGCGACUUCAUCAAAGUUUCCUUCUCUGGAGAAUACAAGAGUCUGAUGCGCGUCCAAUCAGCAAAGAGGUACGAAGAGGAAACCGCAACCAAGAGGACGAGGAGUACGAGCGCAGAGCGAGAAGACAAAAAGACGAAGAGCGGCAAGACGGACAACGAGGGAGAGACCACGAAGACUGACGGGGAGAAGACCGGGUCCAGCACGGAGAGGAACAGGUCCAGAGAUAAAUCCAGCAGAGACAAGAGAAGCAGGUCUAAGUCCAGGUCCAGAGAUGAAUCCAGAGAAACGUCAAGCAGCAGAUCCUCCAGGCAGAACAGGUCCAGAGAGAGGAAGCCAAGGUCCAGAGAGAGGAGGAGCAAUUCUAGAGAGAAGAGGAGCAAAUCAAGGUCCAGAGAGAGGAAGAAAAGGUCCGGAGGCACAAAAUCACGGUCUAGGUCUAAAGAGAGGAGGUCUGCAUCCAGAGAGAAGAGGAGCAAAUCUAGAGAGAAGAGGAGCAAAUCAAGGUCCAGAGAGAAGAGGAGCAAAUCCAAAUCUAGAGAGAGGAGGUCCAAGUCCAAAGAGAAGACUGUGGUUCCAGAGAAACCUGAAAAAUCUGAGACAAUAGAGUCCAGGACCGAAGCCGAACCUCUUCUCAAGGACUCUGAACCUGAAACUGGAGAGAAAGAAGCGAGCGAGCUGGAAGCAGACGAGUCGUCUGCAGAUGAGAGCGACAUCGAGGGGAUGGAGGUGAUCGGAGAGGACGGAGAGAAUCUGGAGGAUGAAGAUUUAGAAGCUCUGGAUGACGCUGAUGUAGAAAAGGAGGAGGAGGAGGAGGAGGAGGAAGAGACGAAGGAGGAAGAGAAGGAGGAAGAGAAGGAAGAGAAGAAGGAGGAAGAGAAGAAGGAGGAAGAGAAGAAGGAGGAAGAGAAGGAGGACUCACCUGAACAAGCCGAAGAAAAGAAGGAGGAGAAAGCUGGAGGAGCAGGUGAUGAUGGGAAGAAAGAGGAGGAGAAGGUGGAGGAGAAGAAGCAGGAGGAAGAAUCAGAAUCCAGCAGAGCAGCAGAGGAGACAGCAGACGCUCAGCUGGAGGACGAUGAGGAGGAACCAGGCUUCCCAGUAGAUCUGGAGAACUGCAUCACUCUGGAUGAAGUGGAAGAGUCUGAUGAGCCGGUUACUGAAGGAGGCGUUUGUGUUGCAGAAGAAGAAGAAAAACAAGAAGAAGAAGAAUGCAGAGAUGAACCGGAGGGUCCGUCCACCAGAGUGGUUUACUUCAGUAACCUGCCGCAGUGUUUCUACACCGACGUCGAGUUCAUCGGACUGGUGAAAGGUUUCGGGACGGCGGUUCGCUACUUCCUGAUCCGCCGCCGCCGAGAGGGUUUCAUCGAGAUGUCGAAUUCCUCGGAGGCUGUGAGAGCUGCUACAGAGCUCAGCUGUAAAUCUGUGUCCCUCAAAGGCUCCAAACUCACCGUCCAAAUCACCCACAAAUACUCACGGCUCACUGCAGGGUGGGCUGUUCAGUCGGACGAUGACCAAAAAGACGAGCGAAGGAGUCAAAGCAGCAGCAGCAGGAGGAGCGAAAGACACAGCAAAUCCAAGACAUCAGAGGAGGAAGAGGAGUCCAGAGCGAGAAAGGAGCCUUCGAAAAAAACUCCAGAGAAAGAAUCAGGGUCUAAAAAGACUCCCGAGACAGAGUCGGGAGAGAUCUCCAAAAAUGUGUCUGAGAAGGAAUCAGCUGCAAAAAAGACUCCAGAAAAAGAGUCAUUGGACAAAAAGAGUGAAGAAAAGAUCUCCAAAAACAUGAGAGAGAAGACCUCACCUGCAAAAAAGACUCCAGAGAGAGAGUCAGGGUCUAAAAAGACUCAAGAGAAAGAGUCAUUGGACAAAAAGACUCCAGAGAGAGAGUCGGGGUCUAAAAAGACUCAAGAGAAAGAGUCAUUGGACAAAAAGACUCCAGAGAGAGAGUCGGGGUCUAAAAAGACUCCAGAGAGAGAGUCAGGGUCUAAAAAGACAGAAGAGAAGAUCUCCAAAAAUGUGUCUGAGAAUGAAUCAGCUGCCAAAAAGGCUCCAGAAAGAGAGUCAUUGGACAAAAAGACUCCAGAGAGAGAGUCAGGGUCUAAAAAGACUCCAGAGAGAGAUUUAGAGUCUAAAAAGACUCCAGAGAGAAAGUCAUUGGACAAAAAGAGUGAAGAAAAGAUCUCCAAAAACAUGAGAGAGAAGACUUCACCUGCAAAAAAGACUUCAGAGAGAGAUUCAUUGGACAAAAACACGGAAGAGAAGAUCUCCAAAAAUGUGUCUGAUAAAGAAUCAGCUGCCAAAAAGACUCAAGAAAGAGAAUCAGUGUCUGAAAAAUGUCCAGAAGAAGACUGUGCAUCCAAACUGAGUGAAGAACAGAAGGUGAGGAAGACAUCAGAGGAGGAUAAAAAACCUCCAGAAGAGACCGAUGAGAAAGAGUGUAAAAAGGAGAACAUGCUGAAGAGGAAUGCGAGCGAUGAGAGUGACGACUCUGUACCUGAAAAAAAGAUCCUGAAGAAAGAGUCGACAAGAGAAAAGAGUGAAGAAGAGUCAGAGAUGUGUGAGACUGCAGAGAAGGAUCCAGAUCAACCAGACUCCACUGCAGAUCCUCAGAGACAACAAACAGAGCAGGAAGCUGCUGCUGGACCUGCAGAGGGAGCCAAAGCUGCACUCAAACCCUCCAAACCUGUUGGAACAGAGUUUGUUCGUCCGGUCGUCGGUUACUUCUGUAACUUGUGUCAGGUGAUCUACGCUGAUGAGGACGAGGCCAAACUACAGCACUGCAGCAGCCAAUCACAUUACGCUAAAUACCAGGAGCGCACAGGGAAAGAUCCGUGGACGAGCUGAACACCUGAAACUGAGAGGAACAUCUGACUCUUAACAAAACCGUCUUUGAUCUAAAACGCCACGAGGUGCUUCACGUUACUUUAAAGUCAGAGAGAAACUGAAACUGUCUUUUUUGAGCUCAUUCAGUGUUCUUCACUUCAGCACUUUAGUUAGACUCCAGAUGUGGUGGAAACAUGUAGAAAGCCUUAAUUGAGUUUGUUUGUUUAAAAUCAGACCAAACUUGAAACUGUGUCAAAGGUACAGUGAAGCUGCUACAGUAAGUUCUUCGUUUUGCAUUUUAUUUUGAUAGAAUAUAAGGAAGGUGGAAUCAACGGCAGCUGGACUUGCUGGUUGUAGAUACUAAGAGACGUUUGGUUCUCAGUUUUAACUUCAGUUCUUCAGUUAAAGCUAAAGAAGAAAUGUGGAUGAGAGGUGAAACAUCUUCAGUAUCUACAACCAAGAAGUCCAUCUGCCCUCCUUGACCUAUUACUGGACGACUGAGAAUCUUGAGACAAUUUUGACAGACACAGUUUGUUGUUUUUACUGUUGAUAGAUUUGAUUUUGUACCCAGUUGAAGAGAAAGUCUGUUUGUAAAAUAACUUUUUAAUUGAAGUGUUUAAUGACUUUGUUGCAUGCAGUCAAUGUCUGCAAUGGACUUAACACUUAAAAAUAAAACCACAUAAAA